GAUAUAAUAUAUCAUUCUCAGGUUAUAUAUAGAGAAACUCGAGGAAAUAUCCAAUAACAUAAAAAAAUUGAUAAGCACAUAUUGAAUGUACAUUUUUUACGUAUGACAGUUAAUAACUAAUUGAUGACGAAAUAUUCUUGUCACAUACAGUGCUAUACGAUUUUUAAUUCAUACAAGAUAAAAAAGUAAUUAUUUUCGUAAAUAUCAUUUGCGGACAGCCUUCUCACUUUAAUAUUUAUCUGCGAAAAUCAAUCAGGCAUGUACAAGUUCAAUAUAUCCGCACCUGCCACAGUGUUCUUACAUGGAGACUUCAUGGAAAACUAUGAUAAAACUUCUAUUGCAGCCGGCUUAAACAUACGUACCAAGCUUACGUUCUCCUCGUUACCACCAAACGCAGUUAAAGUGGAUUUUAUCGAACUGAAUUUCUCGCGUAUUAAAUUACACAUAAAGAUACCUCUAACAACAUACCUUCAACAUUUUAAUCAAAUUGAAUCCGCAGAAUUUAUCGAGGAGAUACAAGUAUUCAGAAAAAUACAAACGUUUGUUAAUUCAUUGGUGAUAGAUUGUGACACCUACGAUUACAACAACCUUGAACAUUUUUUAAGUUUACAAGCUUUCUUUUUCUUGCUUGUUUUAAUCGCUCAUCGCGAUUCUAUCAAGAUAACAGCAUCUUUUGUUGUGAAAAUUUCAUCAGAAUUGCCCAUCGGUAACGGUUUGGGCAGUUCGGCAUCGUUCGCGGUGUGUCUUGCGGCAUGCUUUUGGCGAUGGUCUCUUUUACAGAAGGGAAAAUGUAUUUAUGAAUUUGACGAGCGAGAUCGUUUGAAGAUCGGAUACUAUUCUGACAUUUGCGAUGAUUUUAUAUUCAAUUCUUCAACCAGGAUCAACGUCAACGUAUCCGUUAAUGGUUCAAUAAGCAUAUAUAACAACGGGUGCCUGACGAAAACAUAUGAUGAUUUUCCAAGCAUAAAGAUUUUGCUGGUUUCCUCGAAUGUUAAACAGGAAAGCGUACAAAAUAGACAAUUUGAUAUAAUGAGAGAUUCGUGUUCGAUAAUCAACCCCAUUUUGGAUAACAUCAAUGUAUUAUCAAACAUAGCUGUUGAUUAUCUUCAAUCAAUUGGAGGAAGAGUAAUUCCACAGGAUCUUAUUCUCUUGAAUCAAGGAUUAUUAAAUGCAUUGGGAGCCUCACAUCCAUACGUAGACAUUAUUUGUGCAAUUGCACAAAAUUAUUCACUAAGGGGGAAGAUGACAUAUAGAGGCAGAUGUGGAUAUGUAUUUAUUGUACUACCACCGAAUUUCAUGGAUAAUGAUCUCUUUAGACUUAUAAACGAAUUAGAAUCUUAUAAUUUCUCCGCUACGGUAACUAAUUUGUGUGGAAAAUGGAAUGGAAUGAGAGUUGAAUCAUAUUGAAGUCAACAACUUAAUAAGCGACUAAAUAUGCAAUCUAUUAAGACAGGUAUAUCCGAUAUAUGUAGAUUCUUGGAAUAUAAAUA